AUGUCCGGACGUGGUAAAACUGCAGGAAGUGGAAAGGCUCGUGCCAAAGCAAAAACUCGUUCAUCAAGAGCUGGUCUUCAAUUCCCAGUUGGUCGUAUUCAUCGUCUUCUUCGACGUGGUAAUUAUGCCGAACGUGUCGGUGCUGGUGCUCCAGUUUACUUGGGUGCUGUACUCGAAUAUUUAUCGGCUGAAAUUCUUGAAUUAGCAGGAAAUGCUGCACGAGAUAAUAAAAAAACACGUAUUAUUCCACGUCAUCUUCAAUUAGCCAUCAGAAAUGAUGAAGAAUUGAAUAAAUUAUUAUCUGGUGUAACAAUUGCUCAAGGUGGUGUUUUACCUAAUAUUCAAGCAAUUCUUUUACCAAAGAAAACUGCUGAAGGUACUGUUUCAGCACCAUCAUCAGGAUCUGCUGGUCCAAGCAAGAAGAAACCAGCUGGUGAAAAAUCAUCAGGAUCAAAAGCAGCUGAAAAAGCAUAA